CUCACACGACACAUGUAGGAUACACAAAUAUGACGUUCCCAGGCUAAUAUAUGCUGGCCGACAAGUAUGUGACCAAGUGACCAAGUUGUGCGCUGUCCUCCAGAUAUCUCUGUUCCAUCACCGAUGGCCAUGUCUUCUCUGUGGAAGCUGAGCACUACACCUAGACCACGUCAAUCAACCGGGAAUGUGUUACAUAACAUGCGAUGCGUUGGACAUUCCGCUAUUCCGCAAGAGGGAGACACGAUAAAGAACGUGUCGGCAAGCAGGGAUAAAAGGAAAACGGACAAGGGCAACCUGAAAAGUCUGCCCGGUGCUCUGCAUUUCAGAUCAUUCAAGAACAGUGAGAUAUUUCUGCUGUCCAUUGAUACAAGGUGUAGGCCUGUAGAACCAAGACAAGUCAUGCCACCCAUCAGAAGCUCUUGCCUGCCCCGACGUUCUACAGCACAUGCUUCAUAUAGUUCAAGUGAUUUCCAGGUGCUGUCUACUGCAUCACAAGUCUCUUGUGGAACCAGGACCAGUAUCAGACCACAAACUAAUAGAGAGGGUGUGGACUACAGACGACGAGAAAUGCAGAGAAAAUCUAUAAGUAGGAUUGGAAGAAAUAGCUUGAAGCCAGUGAUUCCAAGUCUUUAUCAAGAGCCCAGCAUUUCUCAGUGUGCUGGUAUUACUCCAGUCUCAGAGCAAGGUAAAGAGCCAAUGAAAUUCCAUGAGGUGAAGAUCAAGACUCCACUGUUCAGGCAGCAUUAUGAGGUCAUGUUUCAAGAUGCACCAUGGAGACAUCUGAGAAGUUCAAACAAGAGGCCUCUGACUGUCUCAAGCCGUAGAGCUCAACAUGGGCUCUUGGCCACUGUACCUUCCAGCACCUGUUUGGAGGCUCCGUGCUGCACACCUGACACGCUCCAGCUGGAGCUCCACCUGGAGGGCCUGCAGCUGCGGGGCACAUGGCUCAACUCCAACGGAGGCAUGACUCAGGGCACGCGCACAUCUGGAGCAGCAGCGAAGGACCGUCAGCUGGUGGCUGUAGAGAAACAGGAUGAAACAGGCUAUAAUGGGAAGUUGGAGAAUGAGCGCACUUUGGAUGCAGCAUCGUCAGACCUGGUCAGUCCGAAUGAGUCUGUGGGAAGCACCAGAUGGGACCCGGGGCAGUUCAAAGUGACCGUGACGAAGAAGCAGAGCUGGGCCUAGUCUCCUCAUUGCAUCUACUUUUGGUGUCUACAA